CUUUAUUUUGGAAAUUAAGCGGGAAACGGACGGACUAGGGUCUUGACUGUAGUGUUUCUAUUUUCAAAACAAAACAAGCCUUUGCUCAACACAAGUAUGGACGCUCAACUGAAUCCUAAUAAGAAGGGCAGGGCCGGUGGGAAGAAAAAGCAGCAGCUCUUCAGUGGUGACAUAGUCUUCACCUCCAAGAAUGGAUCCAUCCAGACUAUACCCUGUCUGAACAAAAAGCUCAAAUCAGUCACUGAUGCUGUUAUUGGCCUGCAGUACAUAUGGGAGUAUAGAAGCCCAUCGAAGUCGGUUCCACCCCAUUACCAGUGUAAACUGUGUAAAGUUCAACGGCUGCAGAAUGAAAUGGCUGCUCACAUCACUGGCUGGAAGCACAGCUUCAGAUACUUGAAGCAGAACCACAAAGACAAGGUUCCCCAUGAGGAAGAGGAUGCACUUAAAGAUCCAUCCAUCAGGAAAGCCAUUAAAGCUGCUGCUGCUGAAGUGGAAAAAGCUGAGGGAAGAGGUCAAAUCAAGACUGUCCUAAAGGAGCCAUUUGAGGUUAUGGCAUUUCAGGACAUGAAGUCCGCACAACCCAAUCCAGCAUUUGCAGGAGCUGCUAGUUUUCCUGGGCCACCUCCCAGAGGGUUAAAACAAGGUGGUCCAUAUGGAGGUCCCAUGUACAUGGGGGAUUUCACACCCCGGGGUGGCAUGAUGCCUGAUUUUUCCCCUGGCAUGCGUGGUGGUAUGGAUGAACCCCCCAUGAGGAGAGGUUACUCUGAUAUGGGAGAGUUCAGAAGCCCAGGUCGCUAUGGCAACAACAUGUCUGGACCAGACAGGGGAAUGAUGGAAACAGACAACAUGCAACAUUUCUCUGACGAUGGACCCAUGCGCAUGGGCCCAGAUGGCUUUGGGCCUCGCCAGCGUAAUGAGGGCAGGGGCAGACCUUUCCCUAAUGACAUGUCCAUGAACAGCAGUAGUGACCAAUUGUUAGGACAUGGCCCUAAAGGCCCGGAGAACAAUAGCCUCCCUGCAACCCUGCUCAAAUAUCUGGACUCUUUUCGUAUUGAAAACGAGGACGAUGCUCAGAUUGUCUUGAAGGUCACACAGAAGCUCACAGAUGUUCUGAUGGAGUAUCGCCUCAGAAGUAUUUCAGCGGUGCCCAGUGUGAAGCCCCUGCCCCCCAUGAACUACUCAUCCUCAUGUCUUCAACCCAACUCUAAGGACAGAUUCUCAAGCAGCAUGCCAGGUCCGUCAAGAUUCUACAACUGAUCAUUCAUCUGAUGGAUUCAGUCAAGACUUGGAAGCAAACUGCUUUGCCUGUUUUUCAUAUGGCUUUGACUUCAUUUAGUUUUUUUGGCUGCUUUUUUUUGUUGUUGUUUUUUUACAGUAUAUACAUAGGUAGACUUAUUUUAAAUGUUUUGUUUUUUCCCUUUCUCUUUUGACUGAAGAAACAGAUUUGAAGCAGCACUAUUUUAGUGAGUGAUUAAACAGUCUUUAAGCGAAGUCAGUGAAAUCCGCAAUGUGACUGCUUGUUUCUAAAGGUAUUAUGACAUAAUGUUAAAAAUAAAUUCAUCGUUCCUUACAGAA